CCGGUCGUGCGGGUCGGGUGCGGGCGCGCGGGCGGGCACCCACGCAGAGGCGCGCACAGGUGAUUGACUGGCCAGCUGGCUGAGGGAGCGUCUGGUCCUCAUCGCUGGCAGGUGGCGGAGCCCAUUUGGGCGGCGGUGGAGGCGGCUGCGGCAGCCUGGGCGGCCGGGCUCAGGAGGCACUCCUCGGGCCAAGGCCAUGGCCCCGCGGCUGCAGCUGGAGAAGGCGGCCUGGCGCUGGGCGGAGACGGUGCGGCCCGAGGAGGUGUCGCAGGAGCACAUCGAGACCGCCUACCGCAUCUGGCUGGAGCCCUGCAUCCGCGGCGUGUGCAGACGAAACUGCAAAGGAAAUCCGAAUUGCUUGGUUGGGAUUGGUGAGCACAUUUGGUUAGGAGAAAUAGAUGAAAAUAGUUUUCAUAACAUUGACGACCCCAACUGUGAGAGGAGAAAAAAGAACUCAUUUGUGGGCCUCACUAACCUUGGAGCUACUUGUUAUGUCAACACAUUUCUUCAAGUGUGGUUUCUUAACCUGGAGCUUCGGCAGGCGCUCUACUUAUGUCCAAGCACCUGUAGUGACUACAUGAUGGGAGAUGGUAUCCAAGAAGAGAAAGAUUAUGAGCCUCAGACAAUUUGUGAGCACCUCCAGUACUUAUUUGCCUUGUUGCAAAACAGUAAUAGGCGAUACAUUGAUCCAUCGGGAUUUGUUAAAGCUUUGGGCUUGGACACAGGGCAGCAGCAGGAUGCCCAAGAAUUUUCAAAGCUCUUUAUGUCUCUUUUGGAAGAUACUUUGUCUAAACAAAAGAAUCCCGACGUGAGGAACAUUGUGCAACAGCAGUUCUGUGGGGAAUAUGCUUAUGUAACUGUGUGCAAUCAGUGUGGCAGAGAAUCUAAGCUUUUAUCAAAGUUUUAUGAACUGGAGUUAAAUAUCCAAGGCCACAAACAGUUAACAGAUUGUAUCUCAGAAUUUUUGAAGGAAGAAAAAUUAGAAGGAGACAAUCGAUACUUUUGUGAAAACUGUCAAAGCAAACAGAAUGCAACAAGGAAGAUCCGACUCCUUAGUCUUCCUUGUACUCUGAACUUACAGCUAAUGCGUUUUGUCUUUGACAGGCAAACCGGACAUAAGAAAAAGCUGAAUACCUACAUUGGCUUCUCAGAAAUUUUGGAUAUGGAGCCUUAUGUGGAACACAAAGGUGGGUCCUAUGUGUAUGAACUCAGUGCAGUCCUCAUACACAGAGGAGUGAGUGCUUAUUCCGGUCACUACAUUGCCCAUGUGAAAGAUCCACAGUCUGGUGAAUGGUAUAAGUUUAAUGACGAAGACAUAGAAAAGAUGGAGGGGAAGAAAUUACAACUAGGGAUUGAGGAAGAUCUAGCAGAACCUUCUAAAUCCCAGACACGUAAACCCAAGUGUGGCAAAGGAACUCACUGCUCUCGAAAUGCGUAUAUGUUGGUUUAUAGACUACAAGCUCAAGAAAAACCCAACACGACCAUUCAGGUACCAGCUUUUCUUCAAGAGCUGGUAGAUCGGGAUAAUUCCAAAUUUGAGGAGUGGUGUAUUGAAAUGGCUGAGAUGCGUAAGCAAAGUGUGGAUAAAGGAAAAGCAAAGCAUGAAGAAGUUAAGGAGCUGUACCAAAGGUUACCUGCUGGAGCUGAGCCCUAUGAAUUUGUCUCUCUUGAGUGGCUGCAGAAGUGGUUGGAUGAAUCGACACCCACCAAGCCUAUUGAUAAUCACGCUUGCCUGUGUUCCCACGACAAGCUUCAUCCUGAUAAAAUAUCGAUUAUGAAGAGAAUAUCUGAAUAUGCGGCUGACAUUUUCUAUAGUAGAUAUGGAGGAGGACCAAGACUAACUGUGAAAGCCCUGUGUAAGGAAUGUGUAGUAGAACGUUGUCGUGUGUUGCGUCUGAAGAACCAACUAAAUGAAGAUUAUAAAACUGUAAAUAAUCUGCUCAAAGCAACAGUAAAGGGCAAUGAUGGAUUUUGGGUAGGGAAAUCCUCCUUACGCAGUUGGCGCCAGCUAGCUCUUGAGCAGCUGGAUGAGCAAGAUGGCGACGCAGACCAAAGCAGUGGGAAAAUGAAUGGCAACACCUUGAACAAAGAUGAAUCAAAGGAGGAAAGAAAAGAGGAGGAGGAAGAAUUAAAUUUUAAUGAAGACAUUCUGUGCCCACAUGGGGAGUUAUGCAUAUCUGAAAAUGAAAGAAGGCUUGUUUCUAAAGAGGCUUGGAGCAAACUGCAGCAGUACUUCCCAAAGGCUCCCGAGUUUCCAAGUUACAAAGAAUGCUGUUCACAGUGCAAGAUUUUAGAAAGAGAAGGAGAAGAAAAUGAAGCCUUGCAUAAGAUGAUUGCAAAUGAGCAAAAGACUUCUCUUCCAAAUUUGUUCCAGGACAAAAACAGACCGUGUCUCAGUAACUGGCCAGAGGACACGGAUGUCCUCUACAUUGUGUCACAGUUCUUUGUAGAAGAAUGGCGAAAAUUUGUUAGAAAACCUACAAGGUGUAGUCCUGUGUCAUCAGUUGGAAACAGUGCUCUUCUGUGUCCUCACGGGGGACUCAUGUUUACAUUUGCUUCCAUGACCAAAGAAGAUUCUAAACUUAUAGCUCUCAUAUGGCCCAGUGAGUGGCAAAUGAUACAAAAGCUCUUUGUCGUGGAUCAUGUAAUUAAAAUCAUGAGAACUGAAGGAGGAGAUGCAAACCCUUCAGAAACACAGUAUAUUUCUGAGCCUAAACUCUGUCCAGAAUGUAGAGAAGGGUUAUUGUGUCAACAGCAGAGGGACCUGCGUGAAUACACUCAAGCCACCAUCUAUGUCCAUAAAGUCGUGGAUAAUAAGAAGGUGAUGAAGGAUUCAGCUCCAGAGCUAAAUGUGAGUAGUUCUGAAACAGAGGAGGAUAAGGAAGAAGCUAAACCGGAUGGAGAAAAAGAUCCAGAUUUUAAUCAAAGCAACGGAGGAACAAAGCGGCAAAAGAUAUCCCAUCAAAAUUAUAUAGCCUACCAAAAGCAAGUUAUUCGGCGGAGUAUGCGACAUAGAAAAGUUCGUGGUGAAAAAGCUCUUCUUGUUUCUGCUAAUCAGACAUUAAAAGAAUUGAAAAUUCAGAUCAUGCAUGCAUUUUCAGUUGCUCCUUUUGACCAGAAUCUGUCAAUUGAUGGAAAGAUUUUAAGUGAUGACUGUGCCACCCUCGGAACCCUUGGCGUCAUUCCUGAAUCUGUCAUUUUGUUAAAGGCUGAUGAACCAAUUGCAGAUUAUGCUGCAAUGGAUGAUGUCAUGCAAGUGUGCAUGCCAGAAGAAGGGUUUAAAGGUACUGGUCUUCUUGGACAUUAAUCUUUUUGAACAUUUGCUGACUGCUAAGAAAUGACCAGAAAGGAAGAGGAGUUUGACAUGUUAGGGCAUUACAGAAAAAGUGGAUUUAAGAAUUAAACCAUUACAUGACUCCUCCGCAAGGCAGAAAACCAUUCAAAAGUGACUGUCCCCAAAUGCCUUAUGUCAAAUAAAGCAGAUUGCACUGAAGGCCAUCAGACUUGAAGGAAAUGUUUCAAAUUUUAUAUUUAAGGGGGGUGGGGGGGGAUGGGCAAGUAAAGACUGAAAAAGUUUAGUAGCAGUAUCAGUAAAUCAUGUUUACAUAUGAGAUUUAUAGGCACGGGAGGGAAUAAAGUUCUGUUAUAUUUCCUUGCUUGAGUUUCAUACCAGAUGCAUUGGUCCAUAAAGGAUUUGUAUCACAGUAGAUGGGACAACAUUCUGCUCUGAACUAAAAGUAAUUCUUUAGAGACAUAACCUGCUUACCAAUACCUGUCUUUGAUUCAUAUUUUACUUUCAAUAAAGCAUGAAAGUGAAGAACUUGCCAUAAUUGUGGAAAAGUGUCUUCAGAGUAGAUUCCUCUCCGUGUCGGCUCCAGUGCACCUGCCUCACAUCCUGCCCGCUGGUCUCUGACUUGGUGCUGGGAAAGGAGGGUGCACCUGCGUGUCUCCUGCAAUGAGUCAAGGGAUUGUGUCUCACUUGUGUCUUCAAAGGCUUUUUGCUUCCAUGCAUUUCAGAAAGGAUGGCGAAUGUAUUACAUGUCAUAGCAUUCUCCAGUUUUGCUAUUAUUAAAAAGUGGGAAAUCAAAUACACCUUGCACUUUUGAGAAGUCUGACCACCUUAUCUGAAGAGUAAAAUGGCCUGAAAUACAUGUGGAAAAUAACACGGGUUUUGAUAUAAAGUUUCUUCUUCCCGUCCUCCAAGUCCGCCAUUUCUUGGACCUCACUUC